AAUUAAAUCAUUAAAAUCUUUCCCUCCCUUUUGUUAAGCGCAUCUUUAGACCUGCUUCAUUCUUCUCUCGCAGUCACUCCAUACUCACCUAUACUAGGUAAAUUUACUUCUUCCCUGUCGUGCACAGUCAGCCACUCCGGCCACCAUCACCGGCCACCAUCACCACCGACUACUUUUCAAGUGUCCUUUAGAAAUUACUUCCAUCUUAAAAAAAAGGAAAACAAAAAACACUUUUGAAACCAAAAAAAAUUCUCUCCUUCUCUUUCAAAGUCUCCUGCAAUUCUUCUCUGCUUAAUUCCCCGCACUCCCUCUCAAGCGCCCUUAUGUGCCGUCGUCAUCUUGAUAAAAACAUCACCGGCAUACAAGUUACCAGCGUCAACCACCACCUUCAAGUAUUAAUCGAAGUUCAUAGUUGAUUUAGGUCGGGAAUCUUCAUCCAGAUCUGCUCAUUCUGGGGUACACAAGGGCUUAUCUCCUCAAACUCAAUGAAUUUCCGCCGCGAACCUCGAAUAUCGGGAGAAAUAGCAGCAGCAUUCGUGACUCUUUUUCAACGGUGUUAGGACUAGCAACUGCAGACGUGGUAGAAAUCCCAAUACCAUAUGUUGUUGCAGAAGUUUCUAUUAAGCGUCUAGCCUCUCUAAACAAGCCUGAAAUCCCAAUACUUGUGUUGGGAUGUCUGUUUGCAAUUGCCAGUGGUGCAAUAUUUCCAGUAUUUAGUAUAAUAUUUGCUAGUGCGGAUUGAAAUGUUUUACAAGCCACCAGAUAUCUUGAGAAGGGAUUCAAGGUUCUGGUCCCUUAUGUUUGUUGUCAUUGGCUUAGCAACACUGAUAUCGUAACCAGCUAGAACCUAUUUCUUUUCUGUACCUGGGUGUAAGUUGAUAAGAAGGAUCAGAACUUUAUGUUUUGAGAGAGUACUGCACAUGGAGAUUGGCUGGUUUGACGAGGCAGAAAAUUCAAGUGGUACAAUAGGUGCAAGGCUAUCUGCUGAUGCUGCAACUAUUCUGGCAUUGAUAGUCCUCGUCUUAAUCCCUCUCAUAGGAAUCAGUGGUUAUCUCCAAGUAAAGUUUACGCAGGGAUUUAGUGCUGAUGCAAAGAAGAAGUACGAGGAGGCUAGCCAAGUUGCCAACGAUGUAGUUGCGAGUUUCGUGUUUUCAGAGUUAUUCGAAGCGCAAUGACCACAUCUUUAUCUCAAGACAGGAGGAUCGAGAUUGCUGGUGGUGGUGAUCCUAUUUUCUCUAACAAUUUGUUUAAGGUUUUCACAACUCCAAGGGAGGGGCCUUCACCAAAGAGGAGUUGGAUGAAGUUCGAGACAAGUGGGCUACUUACUUCAACGAUUGUGAAUUACCCUCAGUGUAAUAAUUAGAGCAGGCUUGUAGUUAUUCGUGACUCUUACAUUAUUUUGUUAUUUAUCGAUUUAAUUAAUUACAUUUGAAUUAAUUCGGAAAUAUUAUUGGAAAUUUGAAAUUUAUAUCAUUUUUGAGGAAUGUCAAGAUGAUGUUUGGUGAAA